GUUUGAAAACAACCCAGCAGGCUCUAAGGAAGGAAGAAGGCUGGGAAGCGACCCGCUCGCCUCCGUCCAAGCGUUUUGCUCCAGGUGACCAGCGGCGCUGGGGGUGGAGGCGCGAGCGGAGCCGCUCGGCGUGGGUCAGCGCGGCGGAGGCCCGGGGCGCAGAAGUGGACAACUGAUGGAACAUUCCGCUGGGAAGAAUAAAACUGUUCUUACAUGGUAGUUUGCUCAGCCUAGACUGAGAUCCAUACAGGGAAAGCUCUUUAAACAACAGUGACUCAGAACGCUUGGACUCCUGAAUGACUGAGGCCUUGAGAGGAAAACGUUAAGACUUUGCAUUUUGCUGUCAGUUCAGUUAAGCAACUAUGGAAAUAGAAAACAAGCACGUUUAUGUUAACCCUGCAGAACUCGAUAAUCUAAGUGAUGCUCCAUUUUCUGGUGAUGAAGAAAAUGGUGGGUCUGAGGAACGAAAGACUGAAAUCAAUGGAAAUUGGAUUCCUGCAACUUCAAUUACUGAAGCUAAAAUAAAUGCUAGAGCAAAAAGACGAUUGCGGAAAAAUUCUUCUCGAGAUUCUGGGAGAGGAGACUCAGUUAGUGACAAUGGAGAGACACUGAAGACUGGAGUUGUUGUACCAACAAGCCCAAAGGGGAAAGUCCUGGACAGGCGAUCCCGGUCUGGAAAGGGAAGGGGUCUACCAAAGAAAGGUGGAGCAGGUGGUAAAGGAGUUUGGGGAACACCAGGUCAAGUGUAUGAUUUGGAAGAAGUAGAUAUUAAGGAUCCUAAUUAUGAUGAUGACCAGGAGAACUGUGUCUAUGAAACAGUAGUUUUGCCUCUGGAUGAAAGAGCAUUUGAGAAAACUUUAACACCAAUCAUACAGGAAUAUUUUGAACAUGGAGAUACUAAUGAAGUUUCGGAAAUGCUAAAGGAUUUAAACCUCGGUGAAAUGAAAUACAGUCUGCCAGUGUUGGCUGUUUCCUUGGCUUUAGAGGGGAAGGCUAGUCACAGGGAAAUGACAUCCAAGCUUCUUUCUGACCUUUGUGGGACAGUAGUAAGCAAAACUGAUGUGGAAAAAUCAUUUGAUAGACUACUUAAAGAUCUACCUGAAUUGGUUCUGGAUUCUCCCAAAGCACCACAGUUGAUGGGCCAGUUUAUUGCGAGAGCUGUUGGAGAUGGGAUUUUAAGCAGUACUUACAUAGAUGGCUACAAAGGCACUGUGGAUUGCACCCAAGCUCGAGCUGCACUUGACCGAGCUACUGUGUUGCUGAGUAUGACAAAAGGUGGAAAGCGUAUAGACAACGUGUGGGGGUCAGGAGGUGGCCAGCAGUCUGUGAAACACCUUGUGAAAGAGAUUGAUAUGUUACUGAAGGAAUAUUUGCUUUCUGGAGAUGUACUGGAAGCUGAACGUUGCCUUCAGGAGCUGGAAGUACCCCAUUUCCACCAUGAACUUGUAUAUGAAGCAGUGGUGAUGGUUUUGGAGUCAACUGGAGAAAAGACUUUUAAAAUGAUACUGGAUUUGUUGAAAUCUCUCUGGGGGUCUUCUGUCAUUACUAUGGAUCAAAUGAAGAGGGGCUAUGAACGAGUUUACUGUGAAAUCCCAGAUAUUAACCUGGAUGUGCCACACUCCUAUUCUGUGCUUGAGCGGUUUGUAGAGGAAUGCUUUCAGGCUGGAAUAAUUUCCAAACCACUGAGAGACCUCUGUCCUUCAAGAGGCAGAAAGCGUUUUGUGAGCGAAGGAGAUGGAGGUCGUCUUAAACUAGAAAGUUACUGAAUGUGAAAACCAACUGCUGAAGCCUUAAAAGUUAAAAGGGAAAAACAUAUAUAUAUAUGUACACACACACACGCAUGCAUAUAUAUAUAUGUGUCUGUGUAUAUAUGUGUACAUAUACACACACACUUUUGGAGUGUGUAUGUAUGUGUGUAUGUAUACACACACAUACAUAAUACACAAACAUUGCUUAGCACAGUUCAUAUUUUUUAAAGCACAUGUUUUGGGUACAAAUCAUUUUUUAAAUAGUUUUAUAAAUUUCAGGAAGAAAACUUUCUUUGGGCAUGUAGUAGAACAACUGGCCACUCUGCUGUGGUCGUGCCUUCAAAUAAGCUAUCUUUUUAUAAGUGCCAUAUGUUUAUGACCUAAUCAUUCCACGUUUGCCUCAAUGUCUAACUGCCCCUCUUUCUUUCAAGGACAGUGUUUUCAUCAUAAAAGCACUGGUUUAUACAGAGCUUUACAGAAGGGUCAAGUUAUGCUGCUGUGACCCCAUUUUCAUUGCUGCUGAAGAAAUACUAUGCUUUGGGAGGAAAAAUAGUUGUUUCUUUGUUUUAAAGAGCCCAAGAAAAUGGGGUUGGGUCAUAAAUUCAUCUGUUCCAGGGGAGAGAACAUUGGUAGGUUUUAGAUUUUCUAGCUACCACUUACCAAACUGCUUUUUUUUUCUCUAUGUAACUGGAAAAGUGAAAAGUUCUACUAGAACAUAUUAAAGUAUUUUUUUUUUUUG